GCCGCUCCUCCGGUCGCCCUAUCUCCCUCCCACUCUAUCUCUCUGUGUUUUAUGUCUGCGUCACAACAAGUCGGUCGAGAGAGAGGCAGGGAUGAUGGCGUCUCUCGCGGGUUGAUUCUCAUGCUGCUCUGACAAACACGCUUAAUAGCAUCAAUAGGUGGAGAAAAGAGAGCAAACAGAAACAUGACGAAACGUCGUCGCGGAGGACAGACAGACAGGGAGAGAGACGAACGGACCGACUCUAUCUUACUGACGGCUUGACUGACAUACGCGCUUGGCAUAGACACAUACAUGCACAUCCACUUUGGCACACACGUAGGCUUCACAUCCAACCGGGCAGUAAAUGAGACAAGAGGAAAACAGAAGAGAUAAAACAUUUCAUGUCAAGCCCGCACAGGAAUCGCUGUGACCCCAACGGAGAGGAGUUUGACUUGACAGGAUGGGGGGAGUAAGUGAAGGGGAUGAUGUGUUAGCUCGAUGGAGUGAUGGACUACUGUACCUCGGCAAUGUGAAAAGAGUAGAUGGAGUCAAGCAGUGUUGUCUGGUGAGAUUUGAGGACAACUCAGAGUUCUGGGUCCUAAGAAAAGACAUACACUCUUUCUCGGUUGGAGUGGAAGACGUUUGCUGUAUCUGUGAUGCUCCACCUCUUAAAGAACCUCUCAUCAAUUGUCUAAAAUGUCGUCAUGGCUAUCAUCCUGAGUGCCACACUCCAUCCAUCGAGCCGGAAGCGGACAGCAAUUCUUGGAUAUGUCGACAAUGUGUUUUUGCGGUGGCAACCAAGAGAGGUGGAGCCAUCAAAAGAGGACGGUUUGCCCGGCUCAUGCAAAUCAUGAAACUGCGGCUGCCCUAUCAGCUGUCAUCUUUAGACUGGGACACACAGCAUCUGACCAACCAGCAGCAGUGUUACUGCUACUGUGCUGGACCUGGAGAGUGGAACUUAAAAAUGUUGCAGUGUGGAAGUUGUGGUCAGUGGUUUCAUGAAGCUUGCACACAGUGUUUGACCAAACCAUUGCUGUAUGGAGACAGGUUUUAUGAAUUCCAGUGCUCGGUCUGUGCAAGUGGACCUGAAACAAUACAUCGUCUGCCCAUGAGCUGGGUCGAUUUAGCCCAUUUGGUGCUCUACCACCUCUCCCUGUGCUGCAAGAGAAAAUACUUUGAUUUCGACCAUGAAAUAAUGUCAUUUGCCAAUGAGAAUUGGGACUCUUUGCUUCUAGGCUCGCUCUCUGACACACCAAGGCAAGAUCGCUGUCACAACCUGCUCAAUGCUUUGAACUCGAACAAGGACAGGUUUGUCUCUGGUAAAGAGAUCAAGAAGAAGAAGUGUCUUUUUGGGCUCCAGGUCCGAGCUCCGCCUCCCCUGACCUCUGAGUCAUCCCCCCUCAUCACUGACCCGCCUAUAAACAUCACCCAUCGGAAAAGGUCAGACCCGUUGUCAAUGCCCUGCCAAAGGAGAGCGGUGGGGCCAGAGUCACGUAAAUCAAAGCGCCGCAUCAUGGAGACACAGCCUUGUCCGCCCCCAGUUCCAGUCACUCCAAUAGACCUGGUACCAUGUUGCCAUGGCUACGUAGGCGGGACUAACCUCUACAACACCAGGAAGUCGGGGGAGGAGCUGAAUCUAGGCUCACCGCCUAAGAGGAUGUUUGCCCUGUAUCAUCCCACCUAUAACGGGGCCCCAGCAAUCUCCAGAACCCUGCAUCACUACAGUGCGGAGGACCCUUGUCGGGUGCCGCCCCCAUGCCUCCCCUACUCCCUGUCAUCCGCCCACCACCACCACCAUCACCACAACAACAACAACCAAAACCUUCACCAGCACCAGCCUGGUCAGAAGCUGGAUCCCUGCCCCUCCCUCCUCCUGCGCGACGUCCCUCCUUAUCCGGGCGGCGUGGGGGGAGGGGGCGGGGGGGACGGAUCGGCUGCCAGGGGCUGGGGUGGCGGAGAUGGGGUGAGAAUUCUGGCGAGACGAGUUACACCAGACGGGAAGGUCCAGUACCUUGUGGAGUGGGGAAACGUGAGCGUGUACUGAGCGAGGGAGAGGAGGAGGGAGGGAGACAGGGAGAGAUGAAGGGCAUGGGAAGUGAGGGAGAGAGGGUAGAUCUAACCAGCGGAGUGCUUGGCAGCAGGAAGGAGGUGGAGAGGCAGAGCUGUUGAGGGAGAGAGAGAGAUACAAUGAAUGUUGUGCAGGUGAAAUGUCACCAAUGAAAAACCCCACAAAGGCAAAUCCAGAUUGCUCUAAAAGAAGUUGAUAAAAUCACUCUACAUGUUACUAUAUCUCCCUCUUUGCUAGUGUUUUUCCUAUAUUUGUACUGUAUACCUUUGGAAUAUGCCUUUGCAUUUAUCAUGUUUACGUUUGAAGAUUGUAUACAGUAUUACUGACAAUGUAUUGAGUUACCUUUUGUCAUACUUGAUUAACACAACAUUCUGUAAUAGAAAUAUAUUAGGAGCCACGCGAUGGCUUUUGUUUUAUAGUUAUAUUUAUAUAUUCACAAUGUAUUAUUAUUAUUAUUAUAGAAUUAUUUGAUUUCAUGAUGUGGUUGCAUAGUGCCUGGAUUGUGUACCUGCAGACUGACCAGUUAACCUGAAUCAAUGGAUCAGGUAAAAGACUUCCAUAAGGGUUUCUUUCUCAUCCACUAAUUACAAGUCUUUCACACAGAACUGCAUUGUAAAAUACAUUCCAAACAAAUGUCAAAACAUCUCUUUAAUACUAGUGAUUGAAACACUUUUGGGGAAUCAGAUAGCCAUGGAAAAUAACUUGUUGAGCCAAAUUUAACAAGACAUUUUCCAUUUGUCAAGGGGUGUUUUGCAUUACGUUAGGGAAGCUUAGACAAAAAAACUCUGUGCCGGUGAAUCUGUUUGUACUGCUAUCCAUUUUCAGGUCAUAGAUGGAGAAGGCAGGUCCUGUCUUCCAGGUCACACCGAGAAUGACAGAUGAAUUGACCUUUGGCCCACUUCUAAACUGACUCCUAGGCCCUAGCCCUGCCCCUUCACACUACUGACCAUCUGAAAGGAUUAUAUUAGAGAUAUGGCAUGUCAUCUGGCCUAUCAAAGGGCAAAAUAGAGCUUUCUCCUAUUAUUUUAUACCUACCAGAUCCUUUGUCUUCUUAGCUAGAAUGAUUAGCCUGAUUUGAUUUGGAAUUGGGCCCGACAGACCACAGUGGUUGUGCAUAUAACUCUAGAAUAUCAUAAUGCAAGAUUCAGAGUUUAUAUUUAUACAGAUCUUUAUUUUUGCCUUCUGUAGGAUAAAACACAGAUAAUAGUAGAGGUGUACGUUUUAUCCCCCAGAAGACAGCUAUUGUUACAGAUGUAGUUACAGUAAAUACAUAGAUAUCAGAAAAGGCAGUUAUACUGUUAUACUCAUGUCGGUACAAAUAAUUUUGAGUUAUUCAAAAAAAAGUAAAAGACAACAAGAUGUUGCUCUGUCCCCCUGGUUGAAUAAUGUGAAAUAUGCCAUCUCUUACUAGUGAAUAGACAACUGCAAAGGGUGUAGUAUGCCUUUAAACAGGUGUGCAGUUCAAAUGCACCUUCCAACUCAGUCCUUCCCGUCCCAGUUUAGGUUUAGAUCAUCCUCAGUGAAUUUGGCUGUAGUUAAAUAGGAAGAGGUCUGUGGAACCAUCAGUUAGAUGGUAUUGAAUGUAUCUGUAUGUUUUCUAUGGUAUGUCUAUAGACCCGUCAAGUGCUUGUUAGGUUAUAGAUGGAAUUAUGGAAACAUACUUAACAGGACUGGGUCAAUCUGGCUUUGAGUUAAUAAACACGACGCUAAAAGUCUGUAUAGUCUUUUUUGAUUUGUAGUCAAGUCCAAGUUUGGUUUGAUGUAUUUUUGGACUUUUGGUCAAAUUACAUUUAUACAUGUAUACCCUACGUUGACACACUUAAUGUAAAAUUGAAAAAAAAUAAAAUGUUCCCUUUCCAUCUUA